AUAUAUAGGUAAAAUGCGACGGCUCACAAAACAAUAAUCUUUCAUAACAUAGUGUUAAACGAACAUGUGAUUAAAUGGGGGGAUUUCAGACAAUAAAAGCCCAUGUCAAUUGCAGCCCGUGUUGUACGUAGUCAUGGAAAAUUGAGACACGUGCUGAAGUCAGGUCAACGUAAGCAGCCCGGGUCAAGGUCAAAGUUCAGCUGUCGGUUCAAAAUUCAAGAUCAAGAUGAGUCUAGGAGAGGAGGUGGACCAGUUCUUCAAGGUCAUUAUGGGGAUGAUCGUCAUGUUCAUGCAGUGUGGGUUUGCGUUUUACGAGGCCGGGUCCGUCCGCAGCAAAAACGUGACCAACAUCCUUAUAAAGAACGUCAUUGACUCGUUUAUAGCAGGCGUUGCCUACUGGAUAUUCGGGUUUGCGCUUGCCUAUGGGGAAGGGAAUAAAUUCAUUGGCUACUCCAACUUUGCCCUGAAGGGAGUUCCAACGACCGAAUAUGCCAACUUCUUCUUCCAGUAUUCGUUUGCGGCAUCCACAGCCACCAUUGUUUCCGGGGCCGUCGCCGAGCGCUGCGAGUUCUUGGCCUAUUUUGUGUACAGCUUUUUAAUAACAGGCGUUGUCUAUCCUGUGGCUACGCACUGGUAUUGGGGUGGCGGGUUCCUGGCCCAGGGAGUAGACUAUGGAGGCGACAUCGGCGUAGUGACUUACAUUGACUUUGCCGGUAGUGGUCUGGUGCACGUGAUUGGCGGGUCCGCGGGAUUCGUCGGUGCGGCAAUCCUUGGGCCGCGUGUGGGUCGGUUUGGGAAAACAUCCAACUCCGACAUGAUAGUGAGAGGGCACUCUGUUCCGAUAGCGGCUCUUGGAGGAUUCAUUUUGCUGUUCGGCUUUCUCGCGUUCAAUGGGGGGUCCCUUGGCACCAUCAGCAACCCGGGGGACGGCGCAAUUGUCAGUCGCGUUAUCGUUAACACCAUCAUCGCAGCCUCGUUCGCCGCCUUCUCCUCCCUGUUCGUCGCCCGGUGGACUCCAAUAGGCAGCCGUCACUGGAGUCUCAUGGCCACCCUAAACGGGGCGCUAACUGGAAUGGUGUCGGUUUGUGCGGGCUGCAACGUGUUGAAUCCUUGGCAGUCGGCUAUCAUGGGUCUCGGGGCGGGCGUGGUCUACCACCUUGUGUCGCAGGGUGUCCAGAAACUUGGCGUCGACGAUCCACUUGAUGCAUGCGCACUUCACUUUGGCGGCGGCGUCUGGGCUCUCGUGAUGCUGGCAUUCUUCCACAAAGAUGAGGGCAUCUUCUUUCACUGGAACGCGCGCUCAGGGCUGUUCCUGUGUUGGCAGCUGGCGGGCCUGGGAGUCAUCCUGCUGUGGACGGUGGCCACUACCGGUCUCAUUUUCGGAGUUCUUCGCCUCCUCAAGGUGUUGAGAGUCCCAGAGGAGAUGGAAAUUAGAGGCCUGGACAUCCCAAAGCACCAUGAGCCAGCGUAUCCGGUGGAAGCGUAUGGACACGGUCAUAUUGAGCGGAUGCUGCGCGCUUUACUCUACCAUUCUGAUGUAGACGGCGCUAAAAGAAAGCCUAAGAAGGGACACGGGGUGGACUACUGGUCACUGGAGGACAAAGGACCGUACGAGAAUCCGGAAGUGCGCCAGUUUGCCGUGUUUAAGGCGCAACAUGGCAACAAGGAGUGAUCAUGUUAUUUAACAUAAUUACCGCAUUGUCUUCAUUCAGUGGAAUUGAUUCUUUGUUUUGACAUCUACACUGGUUCUUGUUAGUGCAUAUCAUAAUUGCUGCAUUUGUAGACGGAAGUUUACGUACGAUUAUUACGAAAAGCGGAAUAAUAAAUAAAAUUAUGAUACAUU